AUGGCCAGACAAAGAAGAUCCGCCCCAGCUAGACCAUCCCAGACUAGAUCGGCCCACACCGCCGCUGCUCCUUCCGCUCCAGCUCACAACCCAUCGUCUGUUUCUCGUCCUCAGACCCAACAGUCUCAAAGCCCAGGUCUCUUUGGCCAAAUGGCUUCCACCGCCGCUGGUGUAGCUGUUGGUUCCACCAUUGGUCACACUUUGGGUGCUGGUAUCACCUCCAUGUUCGGUGGCUCUUCUGCUCCACCAGCUGAGGCACCUCAGCAGGACUUGGCUGCUCAGCAGCAGUACAACAACCAGGAGCAGAGCAGAACCUGUGAUGCUGACGCCAGAACCUUCACCAGAUGUUUGGAGGAGAACAACGGCAACAUGCAAGUGUGUGACUUCUACUUGCAACAGUUGAGAGCAUGCCAGGAGGCUUCUCGUCGUUACUAG